AGUUGGUCUAACGGUGCACUCGGGACUCAAUUGCUCUUUCUAGUUGUGUUUCUGAGCUGUGUGUCGCCUCUUUUUAAGUUUAUUAGCGUUUAUACUCUCAACGUGUCUUGUUAGGAUGAGUUCGUCAUGAGUUAUCGGUUAGUUUUGUGUUUUACCGUGACUGUCCCGUCAUCCCCUGCGCUAUUGUUUCCGUUAUUUGAGGACGACAGGUAUUAGUAAGAUCACAUUGCCUGGUAUGAAAACUAUGACUGAAGUGAGCGGCUUUCAUGUAGCUGACAGAAGCUGCAGGAGAUAACAGACACCCUCAGAGGUCGUGUUCAUUCGUUGAAGACCGGUCGCUUCCAGCUGCCCCUGCCAUGUCAGCAGACACAGAGCCGGACCCCCCUCAGCUUGUGAAUCCUCCACCUCCUGAGGUGACCAACCCCAACAAGCCAGGCCGGAGGACCAACCAGCUGCAGUACAUGAAGAAUGUAGUGAUCAAAUCCCUGUGGCGGCACGCAUUCGCCUGGCCUUUUUACACCCCUGUUGAUGCAGUCCGUCUUGGGCUACCAGAUUAUCAUACAAUAAUAACAUCUCCCAUGGACUUGGGAACCAUCAAGCAACGACUGGAAAACAACUACUACUGGAGCGCAAGCGAAUGUAUGCAAGACUUUCACAAGAUGUUCACCAACUGCUACUCUUAUAACAAGCCUACAGAUGACAUAGUGCUGAUGGCCCUCGCUUUGGAAAAGGUUUUCUUGCAAAAGGUUGCCCAGAUGCCACAGAGGGAAAAGGAGGUGUUACCUCAUGCUGCCAAAGGGAGGGGCAAAAAAGGUGGCGCUCCAGGUGGACAGACUGGAACUGUGACUCCAUGUUCUCCGGUGACAGUACCCACAUCUCAGCCAAGCCUCAGCUACACUCCCUCCAGCUCACCCCCAGUGCCCGAACACCCUUCACACACUGCCACAAAAAAGAAAGGGCUGAAACGGAAGGUAAACGCCACCACUGAAUUGUCCUCAGCAGCCAUAACCAGUUUGAGUGAUUUAUCAGGAAGCAAGAAGAGACGUGAGAGCGCAGGCCGAGUCAGCAGUCCCUCUGAGGAGCACUUUGAAGGAAAGGAGUCGCCACAGCAAGGAAGCGAGCAGCUCAAGUAUUGCAACGAGAUCCUGAAGGAAUUGAUGUCGAAGAAAUACAUAAGCUAUGCCUGGCCUUUCUACAAGCCUGUCGACGCCGAGGCUCUGGAGCUGCACGAUUACCACGACAUCAUCAAAUACCCCAUGGACCUCGGCACUGUUAAAAAAAAGAUGGAGAGAGGAGAGUACCAGGAUGCACAGAGCUUCGCUGCAGACAUUAGGCUAAUCUUUUCCAAUUCUUACAAAUACAACCCUCCAAAUCAUUACGUCGUCACAAGGGCCAGAAAACUACAGGGUGUGUUCGAGCAGAGGUUUGCAAAGAUGCCAGACGAGACAGUGGAGCCGCUCUCACCGAUGAACGCUGGGUCCGCUAAGAGUGCAGGUUUUAGCGGGGUAGCUGCCAGCAGCUCCUCCAACUUCAACAAAUCGGAGUUAGCAGAGGAGCGUGCCACCCGACUUGCUGAGUUGCAAGAACAGGUGGGUGCAGAACAGCUUAAAGCUGUCCACGAACAGCUCUCUGCACUCUCUGAAGUCCCUGUGAUUAAACCAAAGAAGAAAGACAGGGACAAGAAAGAGGACAGCAGGCAACAGAGAGGCAGCACAAAUCCCAGCUCCAGGCAGUCGUGGAAGGGAAGCAAAGACUGGGAUUCUGAUGAUGAAACCCUGCAAAUGACGUACGACGAGAAGCACCAGCUGAGCCUUGACAUUAACCGGUUAUCCGGCGUGAAGCUGGGCCGCGUGGUGCACAUCAUUCAAGCACGAGAGCCCUCGAUGCGCGACAGCAACCCGGACGAGAUCGAGAUCGACUUUGAGAUACUGAAGCCGUCCACUCUGCGGGAGCUGGAGCAAUAUGUGAGGUCUUGUUUGUAUAAGAAGUUCAAGAAAUUUCAAAAGAAAAGCAAUCAAGCUGCGCCUCAUCAUCACAUCGGCUCCAGCAGUUCUUCGGAUUCCACCACCAGCAACUCCAGUGGCUCCAGUUCAGAAGACAGUGACUUGUGGCAGCUGUAAUAUUUAAUUUAUUUUGUCAUUCAUGACCAAAAACUGUAAAACAUCCUUAUUUUUAUAUUUUUUUCAUUUGUUUAAAUAUUUGGAAAAUUAAAGUUCCCACACAGUA